UGUUGUUGGUUGCCGAUUAAUGUUUUUCAAAUAUUUCUACAUGUCGAGGCGCGUCCUUUGACUUUGUUACCAACGGAUUUCCUAAAGCUUCGCCGAUACUUUGCUGUCAGCUUUUGUGCUUAUUUCAGGAUAAUGUUUUAACAAAUUUUCAUUACUUAGCGAUGUGGAAUUCGUCGAGUCGACUUAAUAAUGGCAGAUCCAUACAGUUUUGGAGACAAAAUCGAAGAUUACAAUGUAUUGAAUCUGCUCGGCAAAGGAGGCUUUGCAUGUGUUUACCGUGCCAAAUGUAUGAGAACCGGACAAGAUGUAGCUAUAAAAAUGAUCGACAAGAAACUGAUGAAAGCUGCCGAUAUGGUGACGAGGGUUCGGAAAGAAGUGGAGAUCCAUUCUCGUAUGAAACAUCCAGCAGUGUUGGAACUCUAUACUUACUUCGAGGACAAAAAUUAUGUCUAUCUUGUCCUGGAGUUGUGUCAUCGGGGCGAGUUGCAUCGCUAUCUAAAAGCAUACAACAAAGUUCUUUCUGAGGAAGAAGCUGUCGUAUUUAUGGAUCAAAUUAUUAGCGGAAUGAUUUAUUUACAUUCCCACAAUAUUUUGCAUCGUGAUCUAACUCUGGCUAAUCUCUUACUUACUCGCGAAAUGGAUGUGAAGAUCGCAGAUUUUGGCCUGGCCACUCAACUCCAAAUGCCUGAUGAAAAACACUUUACUAUGUGUGGAACACCGAAUUACAUAUCUCCGGAGGUUGCUAUGCGUACAUCACAUGGAUUAGAAGCAGAUGUCUGGUCCCUUGGAUGUAUGUUAUACACCUUCCUUGUUGGAAACCCUCCAUUUGAUACAGAAGCGGUUAAAAGCACGCUAAACCGGGUUAUUAUGGUGGAAUACGACUUGCCCAAUUACCUUUCUCCGGAGGCCAAAGAUCUGAUCCAGUUACUAUUACGGAAGGAUCCGAAAGAAAGAAUAGCACUCUCUGAAAUUCCCGAUCAUCCAUUUAUGAAGAAGAGGUAUCCUUUGAGCUUUAGACAUCGGUGCCACCAGAAUUGUCACGAAGCUUCGAUAGAUAGUGGUAAAGGUACGAUGAAUACAGAGACAAACAGCUGGAGCCGUAACAUUAGUCAUUCAACGAAUGGUUCCAGAAGCCGGCCCCUUCUAGGAUUACCCAUCCAGGAAAUACAAAGUUACAUCUCAGAAAAAGACGAUUACAGUUCGGAAUUCUUUCCAGAAAAUACCAAUGUGUUUCCACAUAAAUUUCAACAAGGCAAAUAUUUGGAUAUUCACCCGGCUGCUAUUUCUGCUUCGUCUACCCAACAUCACAACCGAACAAAUCCAAAAGUCGGCAUCCAGACUGCCUUCCACCAUGGAAGUUCUACUAAACCACCUCUCCAGUUAGAAUCUCACCAACAUAAGGUAUUGUUGAACAAAAAUCAUAUUCCAAAUUCAUAUAAUCAUCAAAUAAGUAGACAUGAUUGUAAUUAUAAUAAGUCUAAUAACGUUCUUUGGGAUCGACCUUUUCACGAAAUGGCGGAUUGUAAUGUAGACCCUUCCAAAAUUCCAGUAAAUUCCAAAAGUACCUGUAGCCUUUCAUGCAGUGGAUCUUUAUGUAGUAACAAUGCUAACUUGUUAUCAAGCGAUCCGAGUUCGAGCAGUCAACCAAACUUAUCUGAUCAGAGCAGUAGCAACUCCUUACACAUGCAGCCCGGUGUUGGCAUUGCCUCGGAUACCUCGUCAGAAGGUAGCAGUCCAGAUAUAGCCCUCAGGAAGGAAGGGCAUGUAGGGACUCUAUCAAAAAUGGCAUUUGGUAAAAACACUAAAUUAAAAGAAGAGCCUACUCUUUCUCUGAAGAAAAGAGAGUGUGCUGGAGAAGAUUGUGAUAGUGGUUUGAAGACUGCAAAUUCUUCAAACCAGAUUAAGUAUUCAACAUCAGUAAGCAAUGAUCCAACUACUAAAAUUACAACUUCAUCAAAAAACCGAUCCAGCCAUAAUGCUGAAUUACCCCCAAGUGCCAUUUCAGCCCUUUCUUCAAUACGAUUACGACCCAUUAGACAACGUACUAAGACAGCUUUUGUGAGCAUCCUUGACAGUGGAGAUGUGUGUUUGGAAUUUGUAAAGAAUCGAAGCAAAGAGGAAUACAUAGCAGAGAUAUUCUUGAUUUCUCAGGAUGGUCACAAUGUGACUAUAUACCAAGCUAACAAUGGACAAAAAUUUGACCCCAAUCAAGUCCCCCCUCCCCAUUCAGCAAAUGUCAUUAAAAAAACAUUUCAUUUGCAAUCUCUUCCUGAGAAAUACCUGAAGAAAUACCAGUAUGCAUCAAAAUUUGUUAAUCUUGUCAGAUCAAAGACUCCAAAAGUGACGCUGUACACCACAAAGGCAAAAUGUAUGUUGAUGGAGAAUUAUCCUGAGCCUGAUUUUGAAGUGGAUUUUUAUGAUGGUGCUAAAUUUACUAUUUCAUCUUCGGGUAUCAGAAUCAUCGAAAACAAUGGUACUUCUCUUCUUUUGGAAUCUGGUGAAACAGGUCAGUGCUUUAGUAGUGAAACACAAAAACUGUUAGCUUAUGUAAAAGAUUGUCGUCAACGUUGUAUUGAGUUAGAACAAGUGAUAAGUACAGUUGAGCUAAGUUGUAAGACAGUAGAUAACCUUUUCCCAAUAAUAAUUGGACGGAAACCCAAUGUACUUGUUGCUAAUGCUAAAACAGAUGACCAUGAUAUAGUCAAGAGUGCCAAAGACAGUACCGGUCCCACUAUUGUCCCUAGUGAACAUCCUACAGAUGUAGAGGGUUCCUUAGAUGGAACUUACGCAAACAGUCCGUUGAUAACUACACAAAACUCAACUUGUAACAGUUCUCUCCAUAGAAAAUCCCCAUUCAACAGGCCAGCCAGCCCUUCUGUUACCACUGAUCUCACGUCCAGUGCAUCUUCCAAUCACAGUAGCUGCAACAAUUCCUCUCACAGCAACACACACAGCAAUAGAAUAGUGCGACAGAUUUUCGUUCCAAAUGUUGGUUGGUCGUUCCAGUAUAUGAAUGGGGAGAUUUGGAUAAAGUUUAACGACGGCACCCAACUCGGUGUGAAGCCUUCAGGACAAACAUUUAAGUACGUAGAUGUUGAUUGUAAAAUGGCCAAGUACCAGAAAACAGAUGUACUACCAGGUUUUGUUAAAAAGAAAUUAGAAACAGUUCCAUUUGUGGUUAAAAGUUUGUUGUCAGAUAACAGAAUGCCUGAGAUUCCAUAACACAUUAUUCUUCAUCUUUCAUCUUUUACAUUUGGUAUAUUUGUUUAUAUAUAUAUAUA